GAAUAGUAAGUGGCAAUGAUUUAGAUGCUUCCAAAUUCUCUGCACUUCAGGCAUUUGGUGGGGCUGGGUGGGGACUGUAUGGUAUUGACAGUAUGCCAGAUCUCCGCAGGAAAAAAACUUUGCCUAUUGUACGAGAUGUGACCCUGGCUGCCCGGAAAUCUGGACUCUCCCUGGCUAUGGUGAUUAGGACGUCACUAAACAAUGAGGAACUGAAAAUACAUGUCUUCAAGAAGACCUUGCAGGCAUUGAUCUAUCCCAUGUCUUCCACCACCCCACACAAUUUUGAGGUCUGGACAGCUACGACACCUACCUACUGUUACGAGUGUGAAGGGCUCCUGUGGGGCAUUGCCCGGCAAGGCAUGAAGUGUUUGGAGUGUGGAGUGAAGUGCCAUGAAAAGUGUCAGGACCUCCUAAAUGCUGACUGUUUGCAGAGAGCAGCAGAAAAGAGUUCUAAGCAUGGUGCUGAAGACAAGACUCAGACCAUUAUUACAGCUAUGAAAGAAAGAAUGAAGAUCAGGGAGAAAAACAGGCCAGAGGUGUUUGAAGUAAUUCAAGAAAUGUUUCAGAUUUCUAAAGAAGAUUUUGUACAGUACACAAAGGCAGCCAAACAGAGUGUACUAGACGGGACAUCUAAGUGGUCAGCAAAAAUAACCAUUACAGUGGUUUCUGCCCAAGGCUUACAGGCAAAAGACAAAACAGGGUCGAGUGACCCAUAUGUUACAGUUCAAGUUGGAAAGAACAAAAGGAGAACUAAAACCAUUUUUGGAAACUUGAAUCCAGUAUGGGAUGAGAAGUUUUAUUUUGAGUGCCAUAACUCCACAGAUCGAAUCAAAGUCAGAGUGUGGGACGAAGAUGAUGAUAUUAAAUCCAGAGUCAAGCAACAUUUCAAAAAGGAGUCAGAUGAUUUUCUGGGACAAACAAUUGUAGAAGUGAGGACCUUGAGUGGAGAAAUGGAUGUCUGGUACAACUUAGAGAAACGGACAGAUAAGUCAGCUGUAUCUGGAGCCAUUCGUUUGAAAAUCAAUGUGGAAAUAAAAGGAGAGGAGAAGGUUGCUCCAUAUCAUAUACAAUAUACAUGUUUACAUGAGAAUCUGUUCCAUUACUUGACUGAAGUGAAAUCUAAUGGUGUAGUGAAAAUCCCCGAGGUCAAAGGGGAUGAAGCCUGGAAGGUUUUCUUUGAUGACGCUUCGCAAGAAAUAGUUGAUGAAUUUGCCAUGCGUUAUGGAAUUGAAUCCAUUUAUCAAGCAAUGACGCACUUUUCAUGUCUGUCUUCUAAAUACAUGUGUCCUGGUGUACCUGCUGUCAUGAGCACCUUGCUGGCAAAUAUAAAUGCUUUCUAUGCUCAUACAACAGUUUCAACAAAUGUACAGGUUUCAGCGUCAGAUCGAUUUGCCGCUACCAACUUUGGUAGAGAAAAAUUUAUAAAACUACUGGACCAGUUGCACAACUCUUUAAGGAUUGACCUGUCAAAGUAUAGGGAAAACUUUCCUGCUAGCAAUGCUGAAAGACUGCAAGACCUGAAAUCAACUGUUGAUCUGCUAACAAGUAUCACCUUUUUUAGGAUGAAGGUUCUGGAACUACAAAGCCCACCAAAGGCCAGCAUGGUGGUAAAGGACUGUGUCAGAGCUUGCCUGGAUUCUACGUACAAGUACAUUUUUGACAAUUGCCAUGAACUCUAUUCCCAGCUAAUAGACCCGAAUAAGAAACAGGACAUUCCUCGGGAAGAGCAGGGACCAACCACCAAGAAUUUGGAUUUUUGGCCCCAGCUUAUUACACUGAUGGUUACAAUUAUUGAUGAGGAUAAAACAGCCUACACACCUGUCCUGAAUCAGUUUCCUCAAGAACUGAACAUGGGAAAAAUAAGUGCUGAAAUUAUGUGGACUCUUUUUGCUCAGGAUAUGAAAUAUGCACUAGAAGAACAUGAAAAGCAGCGGUUAUGCAAGAGCACCGAUUAUAUGAAUUUGCAUUUCAAAGUGAAAUGGUUUUAUAAUGAAUAUGUGCGAGAACUUCCUGCCUUCAAGGAUGCCGUUCCUGAAUACUCCUUGUGGUUUGAACCCUUUGUUAUGCAGUGGCUAGAUGAAAAUGAAGAUGUGUCAAUGGAGUUCCUUCAUGGAGCACUGGGAAGAGACAAAAAAGACGGAUUCCAGCAGACAUCUGAUCAUGCCCUCUUCUCUUGUUCCGUGGUGGACGUCUUUGCUCAGCUGAACCAGAGCUUUGAGAUAAUUAAGAAACUGGAAUGCCCUAACCCUGAAGCAUUGUCUCACUUAAUGAGAAGAUUUGCAAAGACUAUCAAUAAAGUACUGCUUCAGUAUGCUGCAAUUGUAUCAAGUGAUUUCAGUUCACAUUGUGAUAAGGAAAACGUGGUAAGUAAAAUUCCCUGUAUAUUGAUGAACAAUAUUCAACAAUUGAGAGUCCAGUUGGAAAAAAUGUUUGAAUCCAUGGGAGGGAAGCAGCUAGAUCCUGAAGCUAGUACUAUUCUAAAAGAACUUCAAGUUAAACUCAAUGGUGUUCUGGAUGAGCUCAGUGUCACUUACGGUGAAAGUUUCCAGUUUAUCAUUGAAGAGUGUAUAAAACAGAUGGGUUUUGAACUAAAUCAAAUGAGAGCAAAUGGAAAUACCGCAUCUAAUAAGAACAGUGCGGCGAUGGAUGCAGAGAUUGUAUUAAGACCUCUCAUGGACUUCUUGGACAAAACAUUAAGUCUCUCAGCAAAAAUCUGUGAGAAAACAGUUCUGAAACGAGUUUUGAAAGAGCUGUGGAAGCUAGUUCUUAACAAAAUAGAAAAGCAAAUCGUUCUCCCUCCUCUGACAGACCAAACAGGACCCCAGAUGAUUUUCAUUGCUGCUAAAGAUCUUGGACAGUUAUCCAAACUGAAGGAGCACAUGAUUAGAGAGGAUGCUAGGGGUCUGACGCCAAGACAGUGCGCCAUAAUGGAAGUGGUCCUGGCUACCAUCAAGCAAUACUUCCAUGCUGGAGGAAAUGGCCUCAAAAAAAAUUUCUUGGAGAAAAGCCCAGAUCUGCAGUCUCUGAGAUAUGCUCUCAGUCUUUAUACCCAAACUACUGAUGCCUUGAUAAAGAAGUUCAUCGACACUCAAACCUCACAGAGUCGAUCCUCCAAAGAUUCAGUGGGUCAGAUAUCUGUUCAUGUGGACAUCACCACCACCCCAGGAACUGGAGAGCAUAAAAUCACUGUAAAAGUGAUUGCCAUCAGUAACCUCAACUGGCAGACUACUGCAAUGUUCCGCCCCUUUGUUGAAGUUUGUAUGCUGGGGCCCAACCUUGGAGACAAGAAGAGAAAACAAGGCACAAAGACAAAAAGCAACACGUGGUCACCCAAGUACAAUGAAACAUUUCAUUUCAUUCUGGGUCAUGAAAACCGCCCAGGGGCCUAUGAACUUCAUCUUUCCGUUAAGGAUUACUGCUUUGCCCGAGAAGAUCGAAUUAUCGGAAUGACAGUAAUUCAGCUACAGAACAUAGCAGAAAAGGGAAGUUAUGGGGCAUGGUAUCCUCUUUUGAAAAAUGUCUCUGUGGAUGAAACUGGUUUGACUAUCCUUAGAAUACUCUCUCAGAGGACCAGUGAUGAUGUGGCUAAAGAAUUUGUAAGACUUAAAUUUGAAACAAGAUCUGCUGAAGAGAGUGCUUGAAAAGAAUACUGAAGACACCAUCUUUGCGAAUUCAUAAACUCUAAUUGUUUGACUACUGCAUGCAUGUGCAAAUACAUGGGAAUGUUUCUUUUACUACGUUUCAGUGUUUGCCAGUAUUCACAUACAAUGUCAACAAGGUAUGUGGAAAACCUGAACUUUUACACCAUUUCUGGUCUUUGGGUAAUAAAUGUUCCAUGAAGUGCCAAAAUUCUGACGUAAAGUGAAAUAUCCAGAAUCUUUUUAAAUGUUGAUUUCAUUUUAUUACCAAUUUCUCAUCCAUUAAACAUA